CGGUCCCGCUAUAUAACGGGGGAACCCGGCGCCGCGCAACCUCGGGAAAAAAAAACACGCGGCGCCCCUCGCACGGAGAGUUGCGCCGGGGUUAUGAGACCGUCACCGCGCAGGAGAGGCUGAGCAACGGAGAGGCUCACCAUGACCAAGUCGUACAGCGAGAGCGGGCUGAUGGGCGAGCCCCAGCCCCAGGGCCCCCCGAGCUGGGCGGACGAGUGCCUGAGCUCCCAGGACGAGGAGCACGAGGCGGACAAGAAGGAGGAGGACCUGGAGGGCCUGCACGCCGAGGCCGAGGAGGACUCGCUGCGGAACGGCGAGGAGGAGGACGAGGAGGACGACUUGGACGAAGAGGAGGAAGAGGAGGAGGAGGAGGACGACGACGACCAGAAGCCCAAGAGGCGGGGCCCCAAGAAGAAGAAGAUGACCAAGGCGCGCAUGGAGCGGUUCAAGCUGCGGCGCAUGAAGGCCAACGCCCGGGAGCGCAACCGCAUGCACGGCCUGAACGCGGCCCUGGACAACCUGCGGAAGGUGGUGCCCUGCUACUCCAAGACGCAGAAGCUCUCCAAGAUCGAGACGCUGCGCCUGGCCAAGAACUACAUCUGGGCUCUCUCCGAGAUCCUGCGCUCGGGCAAGAGCCCCGACCUGGUCUCCUUCGUGCAGACCCUCUGCAAGGGCCUGUCGCAGCCCACCACCAACCUGGUGGCCGGCUGCCUGCAGCUCAACCCGCGGACUUUCCUCCCCGAGCAGAGCCAGGAGGUGCCGCCCCACGUGGCGGCGGCGGCGGCGGCGGCGGCGGCGGCGGGGGGCGCGCCCUUCCCGGCCCACCCCUACCCCUACCAGUCGCCCGGCCUGCCCAGCCCGCCCUACGGCACCAUGGACAGCUCCCACCUCUUCCACCUCAAGCCGCCGCACGCCUACGGCGCCGCGCUCGAGCCCUUCUUCGAGAGCGGCCUGGCGGAGGGCGCCAGCCCCGCCUUCGACGGGCCGCUCAGCCCGCCCCUCAGCGUCAACGGCAACUUCUCCUUCAAGCACGAGCCGGCCGCCGACUUCGACAAGAGCUACGCCUUCACCAUGCACUACCCCGCCACCGCCGCCGCCGCCGCCGCCGCCGCCGCCGCCGCGCUGGCCGCCGCGCCCGCCCACGCCGCCAUCUUCCCGGCCGCCGCCUCCCGCUGCGAGAUCCCGGUCGACGGCCUGGCGCCCUACGAGGGUCACCCCCACCACGAGCGGGUCCUCGGCGCCCAGCUCAACGCCAUCUUCCACGACUGAGCCUCCCGCCGCGGGAGGGAGAGGGCCGGAGCCGGGCCCCGCCGCCCGCCGCCGGCGGCCCGCGCCUUGUUUACAGGGGGGCAGCCCGGCGGGUCCCGCCGCCGCCGCCGCCGCCUUGGGGGGCCGCCGCCGCCUUGGGGGGCCGCCGCGUCCCCGCUCCCCCGCCGCCCGGCUGCCGCUCCGCGCAGCGACGCUGUAGAUCUGAUCUGGGGUAGGGGCACCGGGAUCGCGUCAAUUACCUGAUCGGGAUCACAAAAUCACAAGCAAUAAUUAGGAUCUAUGCAAUUUUUAAACUAGCGAUGGGCCAAUUACAAAAUAUAUAUGAAAUCUCUAUUUUUCAACCAACGUUUUACUACUUGUUACCUUUCCCAUGCUGAAUUAUUUUGUUGUGAUUUUGUACAGAAUUUUUAAUGACUUUUUAUAACGUGGAUUUCCUAUUUUAAACCAUGCAGCUUCAUCAAUUUUUAUACAUAUCGGAAAGGUAGAAGUAUAUCUAAUUUAUACAAAAUAAUUUAACUAAUUUAAACCAGCAGAAAAGUGCUUAGAGAAGUUAUGUUGCCUUAGCACUUCUUUCCUUUCAAAUAGUUGAAGAAGAAGAAAAAAAAAUGCACAAUCCGGGCAACUUCUUUCCCAUGAAAGUAUCUUUUUUUCCUUUUUUUUCUUUUCUUUUUUUUUCUUUUUCCUUUCCCCCCUACGACAAGAACCAGAUCCCCUAGGUCUUGAGAAGAUAUAA